AUGAGUCGUCGACAGGUCAAGGUCACGCCCCAGCACAAUGAAGAGUGCCGUAAACUCUUGACCUUGAUGGGUAUCCCCUGGCUCGUGGUGAGUGCUGGUACAGGACGGGUAAGAAUUGAUGUUGCAAGUAUGUGGUUGCUGAGCGCCUUACAUCCCUGUACAUUGAUACCAUAGGCGCCCUCAGAAGCCGAAGCCCAAUGUGCCGAGCUGUGUCGUGGCGGCCUGGUGAGUUUUCACCUCGACGAGUGCUCAACAGGGCCGGCAUGACCGCCACUGACAGAUUCGUUUCGAUGCGAUACAGGUCUACGCUGCCGGUUCGGAAGACAUGGACACGCUCACGUUCAACUCGCCGGUGGUUUUGCGGCACCUCACCUUCUCGGAAGCUCGCAAGUUGCCGAUCGACGUCAUCAAUUUGUCGACCGUGCUCGAGGGCUUGAACCUGACCAUGGACAAGGUGAGUGGUCACCUCGAAGCUCUCCUGCGUUAGUAAUGAAUCAAACUUGUUCAUUCGGACACCGGUACUUCCCAGUUUAUCGAGAUGUGCAUGUUGUGCGGAUGCGACUACCUCGAACCGCUUAAAGGUAUCGGAGCCAAGACGGCCCUCAAGCUCGUCCGAGACUACGAUACGUUCGAAGAGAUUCUCGAGCACCUGUCCAAGGGCAAGAACCCGCCACCCGAAGAUUGGCCGUGGAAGGAAGCCAAGGAGUUGUUCAUUCACCCCAAUGUCACCCCUGCCAAGGACGUCGAGGUCAGUCGGCUCUGGAACAGCGCUCUGGCAGUGGCGAGCUCACACUCUUGACGGCUCGCUCGAUGACAGCUUCAAUGGAAGGCCCCUGACGUCGAAGGUUUGGUCGAGUUCUUGGUUAAAGACAGUGGCUUCAAGUGAGUCAAAAGCGAGAUUUGCUUUCGGGCAAGCUCGAAUUGAACGAAUCACUGACACUGAACAUUCGCCGCAAUCCUUCAGUGAGGACCGAGUACGAAAAGGGUGCGAUCGUCUCAAGAUGCAUCUCCAGGCGAAGCAGCAGGGCCGACUCGAUGGCUUCUUCACCGUCAAGCCAAAGGACCCUUCUUCCUUGAACCCGGCCAAGCGCAAGGUGAGUUCCCGAAACUGGGCUUCAGCGCGCCGAUUUCUCGGAUGUUGA